UAGCGCGUUGCUGAUUCCCGUACAAUACAGUACGGGAAAUAGCAAAGGGCUAGUACAAUAACGUCGGAUUUUUCGAUAAUCAACAAAAAGAUGGAGGAAACAUCUGUCAAAUGUCAAAGAAGAGAACGUUAAAAUUUGAUCAAUGGGUAACUCUAAGUCAACAAAGGUGGAGCAUGUGUCCCUCCACAUGCCACAGAAGGAGCGUGACCUUCACCUUGCUGUCAUGGCCAAUGACAGGGAUGGGGUCCGGUCUCUCAUCAGUGCAGGGGCAGACAUAAACUACCCGUGGAGUAACCCAGCCGUCCCCAGUGUGAAGGAUAGCACCACUCCACUACUAGCUGCUGUGUCACUGAACCAUGUAGAGAUAUCCAUGAUUCUGUUGAAGGCGGGUGCAGACAUCAACAUGACUGACAGGAAUGGCUGUACUCCGCUGUACAAGGCUGCGUAUCAUGGUCGACCUGUACUCGUAGACAUUCUCACCAAUCAUGGUGCAAACCUGAACAAGGCAGAUAAGGAUGGACAAACCCCGCUGUAUAUCUGUGUACAGAAUGCUGUCAUACACUCCAGCUAUGCGACAGUGGAGAUGCUUCUGGCUGCCGGGGCAAAUGUUCAUCAGAGUGAUAGAAAUGGCAAGUCUCCCAUCCAUGUAGCUGCUCACUGGAAAAUCAAAGAUAUGAUUCGGAUCUUGGCUGGCCCCACCAUGGUUAACAGAAUUGACAACAUGGGCCGCACCCCGUUGUACGUUUGUGUGAGCUCACUGAGCUGUGGUCUGUACAAGGAGGACUUGAAGUACCAGGUCCCCUGUAUCAAACUGUUGUUCCACGCAAACUGUGACAUGUUGAACCUUAUGGACUGGCUAAAGAUGAAGGGUCCCGGUAUUCCCCCGGAGCUGCUCGCGAAUGACGAGGAGUUCUUCGACUGGUACACAAAAAGUUUCAACUCUUCGCAUUCUCUGAAGAAUCUGUGUCGGAAAGUGAUCCAGCAGAGAAUGAUUGAGGCUACGAAAGACAAUUUCCUGAAAAAGAUUCAAUAUCUUCCACUUCCAUCAAAAUUGCACGUGUACUUGUCACGUAAGAUGUUCCUCAUCCCGACCCCGACUGUCUUACACAAUGAAAUAUGAGUCUUCAUUGUCUAUACAUUUAGCAGUUGUCUCCUGUUCAUGUCUACCUACAUUUGGUUUUUAUUUGAUUCUUUUAAAUUAGCUUUAAGAUCAUCUUAUUUUAAGAAUUGAAAUGGUUAAUUGGUGUGUAUAUAGUUCAUUCAUGAAAACCCUUGCGAUAUGACCAUGGGCUGUGAAUAAAGAUUUUUACCUUUUAGCUUUACAUACCCUAGAUAUUUUUAGAUGCUUACUUAUGGUACAGAAGGCUUUUUGGAUUAGGUAGUGCUUGGUACAGUUUAUAGAAAAUGAGUUUUAUUUUGAUGUAAAAAGAUUGCAAUCUGAUACAAGAUAAUUUGAAAAUGCAGACACUGUGGAAUGAUAUUUUUACUUCAUUUUACAGAUUUUAUGUUUUAUCAAUUUGCCAAGAAAUGCGCUAUCUUUUGAUAUCCAGAUAUUGAGGAUUUCAUAUUAGAUCUGACAAUAAGAUCUGAACUAUAUUUGAUUAAGAGAAAAAAAAUCCAAUUCGCUGGUUGAUAAGAUUUCCAUACAAGUCAUAUUCAUACUUUUAACAGAAUCUCAUAUAUAAAAUGUGAGAAUGCAAAAACACUGCUUGCUUACAUAGUAAUUGGCUUUGUCAAUGCAUUGGUAUGGUUACCAUUCAUAUGGUUAUCAUUUCUUUGUUAAUUUGUUGUUGUUGAAAUUAAAGAAGAAUUGUGUUUGUGUUCACUGAUACAUGUAUCAUUAUAUCCUUUCUAGAUUUGUAAUUUAAUUUACUGAUGGAUCAUGUUUUUAUUGUGCUGAAAUUAGAAUGCUUUAUUGACCUAUAAAAUUCAUGCUGGUUUAAGAACACAUGUUUUGGUCGAUGUUGUCUUUUGUCACAAAUAAAUCAAACAUUUUUAAUGGCAAUAGUGAAUUCAUUAAUGUUAUCUGGUACACAUAUUUGACCUUAUGGAUGCACAUGUGCUGAAGAGCAUGCAGUGAAUCUAAAGGGUUUAUAUUGCUGUAAAACAAUCAAUUGCUCACCAUUUUCAGAAGAUCUACAGUAAUAUCUCCAUUUUCUAUAAAUCUGUGCCCAAGUGAACCACGCAUGGGUUACACACCACCAAUUUUUUACUUACAAAUCUGGUCAAAUUAGCCUCAAAAAGUAAUAUGCACAGGGUGUGCCUGAUAGGACAAAUACAGUUAUUUAAUAUCCUUAAUUGUUAAAUAUAGAUUAUUGAAAUGUUAUCGAUUGAAUGUACAAUAGUUUUAUUUUUACAGUGUUUUCAUGUUAUGGCAAAUUGCUUUAUUUAACUAAAAUAAGUUUUGUUGAUGUAUUUUUGACAAUUUAUGUAUGGAAAACUAGUGCAGUUAGCACAUAUAUGUUUAUGGCAAGUUAUUUUGUCAGUGAUAAUUUUUUAUGAAAGUUUAAAGUUGUUUGAUUUUAAAAUACUUCUCAUAAUGGCAUUUUUUCCUCCAAGUUCUAAUACUUGUUACUUGGUUAUUGUUGAAUGUUUAACUGUUAUUCAUAUGACAUGUCUCCCUAUUGUUUGCACUCUUCCUUGUUUUUUUCUUUGUUACGUCUACUGAUUAACUUUAAACAUUUUUAAAGAUUUUCUCCAAUUACAAAUGGUAGAUGUAUAUGCGUCUGUCUGAGUUGCAGUGCAGGGGCACCCCCUCUGACUCAUUUGGCUUAGUUGCCCUUGUGCAGAAGACGGUGACACCUGUGACAAAAUUCAAACUUGUGUAAGAAAUUCCCACAAACAAUGCAACCACGAACAUGCAGAUAUAUGCUGAUAGGCUAGGCUAAUUGCAUCUAUCUUUAUGGUGUUAAAUUGUUUACUAUGGUAAGAAAUUUAAAAUGUAUUCAAGAACAAUUUACAUAUUUGACACCAUCAUUUUUGCACUCAAAAAUUACAAAAAAGUAUCAAGGUAUUACUGUUAGUGCUUAUGAUUUAAAUUAACUUUAUACCACAUGGGGUCGUUUCAAUACAGGAUUUUAAUCAUAACUCCAGUUAACUUUAAUCUGUUUAAGCAUCAUAAAUGGUAACAAAUUGUUUGUUUUUAAUUCUUCAACUUUGUGUUCAUUUUGAACACUGCCAUAUGUUCAAUUCACUCAAAUAUUCAGUAAAAUAAUGCAAAUGUGACACUUAUAAUAGUUUCAGUUUACGGCUAAAAACAAGUAGGAACAUUAUUGAAAUGGCCCCUGUCACUCAAUUUUCAUGUAAAUAGUUAUGCACAGAAUGACAUGAUAGUUAUAGUUCAUUCUUCUAAAAUCUUUAAUAAAAGUUGCUUAAAUUUUGUUCCUGCUAUUGAUUUUGCACAUGUAGAUUUGGUUGGGUGUAAUAUACUAGUCUUUAAGCUUUCUUUAGCUGGUGAAUUUUACUUCUUUGUUGUUUGGAUCAAGAAAGUAGAUUGAUUGUGUUGACAGUUUGUCUCGUAACUUAGGUAGUUUAGAAUUGAAUGUUGGCCAAAGUAUACUGUUUUAUACAGUGAAUAUUUCAUUCAUACACUAGUUUUAUGGCAACUUGCCAUGAUAGUGGUAUAACUAAUGAAAACAUCCUUUAUGUGUCUAAAAUGAGAAUAAGUUUAGAUAUUUGAUAAAAUAUGUAUGGUGUUGCUACUUUUUAUUGAAGCACUUAAAAGCGUCUAGACACCAGAUGAUAUCAUUGUAAGAAAAAAAGAAAAUUGUCAAAGACAAACAUAAAAUUGAUAUGGUUGUGUACAAUGCAUUUAAUCGUACUUUAUCAAUACUGAUGUAUCACAUUGCUUACUACACAUGUAUCUUUCACAUUUUUUUUCAAAUUUGAAGUUUACUUGGGUUGUCGACCACAUAAAUACUAGUAAAUUUAAAAAUAGUGUUGGUAUAUGUAUCUGUGCUAAUCACGUGACUUUCACAUGCUUAAUAUAUUACACACUAUAAACAGGAAAAACGUUGUGUUCAAUUUUUCAUGGGUAAACUCAGCAGGGCAGCGACAAAUAAUUAUUUUUAUCAUGUAAAGUGUUUUUAUUAUUGACCUCAUACUAAUUGGUAUUAACAAUUGUAGACUUGUUUUGAUGAUAUAUUGUAUUUGGGAGUUUUGGGACCAUCUGGUGUCUAGUCCCUUUAAGAGAGACCAUUCAUUUUUAAUUGUUCCUUACCCGGUAAUGUAGACAAAAUUAUUUUUGAUUUUGAUUUAUUUCUACAAAUUGUGUAUGCUCAGAAUUGCGGAAACCCCCAUAAAACAAGGGAAAAACGUACUUCAUCUAUUCAGAAUAGAUGUUAUCAUGUAUACAAAUAACUGAUGGGUGUAGUAGCAUCUACCUAUAUUUGCAGCUUGUUACACUUUUUUAUGGAAAGGUGACAGUAUUGUGAAUUUUGUAUAGAAUAAUUUAGUGCAACUCCUUUUUGAAUGAGUAAAUUAGAUUAAAUUUGCAUUUCUUGAAAACGGUUUAAUAUUUUAGACACAGUUUUCGUUGUUCAAGACAAAUGCACGUAUGUGUUCAUUAAUUAUGUGUUAUAACUUUUGAAAUUUAAUGAUUUGUUGUGCAAUGGAUGAAAAUAUUCUUUGAGUCCUUUUUAUGUUUAUUAUUUUAUCAAAAAGCAUUUUUAAUCUUCACAGAGCCAAUUGACCAGUCGCCAGUUGUCAAUCAAAAAAUCAUUUGACCAAUGACAGGAUAUAUUAAAGUACAUGGUUGCAUUAUCCAAUGAAUUAAUUGAAAAAAAACCUUGAUAAAUGAUCUUGACGAAUUGCAUUAAUUGCUUUGGCGUCUGACCAACUCUGCCACCUGUGGUCUUUCCUGUAGAUGAUGUUAUGGCUUUCUUACUUGUUCUUUUCUUGCUGUGGCACAAUUCUUCCUCUUUAUAUAACCUGUAAGACCAGUCUUUUUGCUGAAGAGGCUAUUGAUGCAGUGUUGAAUUAAUAGUUAGCUAGCAUUAAGGGGAAAUUCCCAUUUUUCUGUAUUUUGAAUUGUAAAAACUUUUCUGUUCAUUGCAAGUGCUAAUAAUUGUUGAAAUAUUUCUAAACUUGAUAAUCCAUGCAUGUACUCUUUAACCAAAAGAUUGGUCAUUUAUGUUAAUGCAGGCCAUUAACAUAUGCUUCUUUCAAGUUUUCAAUGUUUUGAAUUAAAAGUUUUUCAUUUAA